GCGGCUCAGCCCAGCCCGGCCCCGUUGCAAGCUGCCCGGGCUCUGCCGCCCCCGUGCUGCCCCCUACCCCAGCCCCAGCCCGCGGGGCAGCCUCUUUGCUGGGACUUCAUGUCGGUAUUUUUCCCCAUUCACUGCCCUGCUUACCUGAGAUCAGCUGAAAUGACUGAGGUGAUGAUGAACACUCCAUCUAUGGAUGAGAUUGGGCUAAACCCCCGCAAGGAUGGGCUCUCAUAUCAGAUUUUCCCUGAUCCCUCAGACUUUGACCGCUACUGUAAGCUGAAGGACCGCCUGCCUUCCAUUGUGGUAGAGCCAACAGAAGGUGAUGUGGAGAGUGGUGAGCUGAGAUGGCCACCUGAAGAAUUCCUUGUCCAGGAAGAAGAGGAGGAGGAGGAGGAGGAAGAGGAAGAAGAAGAAAACUGUGCAGAAACAAAGAAAGAGAACAAGGAGCAGUAAAUGGCAUCUGGAAAAUACAGGGGACUUGAAUUGUCUUGAGGGAAGAGCAGACCUGUUCUGAAAAAAUGUCUUUUUAAAAAAGAAAAAAAAAGACAAGUUCAAUUUUGCACCGGCAAGAUCUUAGUUUUUUCAUAUCUCUGUACUGAGAACUGAAGCCCUCGAUGUGACAGAAUCUCCAGACCUUCUGAGGAAGGAAAUCAUACAGAGAAAUGUUUGCUGUUCUCAAGAUCGCUAUCUGAAUUUUUAAGGCCAAGAGAAGCAGCAGUGGAAUUCUAAGGCACUUAGUGGCAGGUGAACAUGCAAGGAACAUUUUGAUGGGGCGGGGAGGAAUAAAGAGAAACCUAAAAUGCAGCGGUGUUCAGCAAGGGGUUGACUUUGGCUUCAAAUGCAUGAGAUUUAGAAUCUUCAUCUCUCAAACUUGCCUUUCUUCUAAGCUUCCAUUUGUAUGCAUUUGGGGGUUAAAGGGAAUUUGUGGUAGAUCAUCGCUAAUGGAUGUUCUUCUGAUUAUCUGCUAAGGGAUAAAGGAUUCUGUAAAGAUUGAGUUCAGUACAUCCCUAAAACAUCACAAAUGCCUUUAGGAGUAAUAGAUCUUUCUCUUGCAUCUGUUUCCCGAGUUGGGUUCUUUUCCCCUCUCCUUUACCCCGUAUCUGCAGUUAGAACUUGUAUUGCUGAACAGGCUAUAGUAUUAGGCUGCUACUUGCCAUCUAUUUUGUAAGGUCCUGGUUUUCAUAUAGGUGGUUAGUAUGACUUAAUGAGUCUGACCUAACAGUAUGUUCAAAUCUACAUGAACUUUUGCUGUAGAAAGAAAUACCUACAGUGUGCUUUCUGUUAGUGAGACUACUGCAAUGCCCAAAGCCACUGGUAUUUUAAGAGUGGUGGGGAUACCUGCCUUCUAGGUGGCAUUCAUGCUGUAUGGUUUCAUAUCUCAAAUAUAUUGGUCAUCAGAACUUGAUAUGUAGAGUGGUGGCUAGAGAGGAGGAGGGGCAUGUUUUUUAUUUGGUUUGAUCUGUGUUAUCAGAAAGGCUUUCCCAUAACUCUAAAGCCAAGCUAUGCUGGGUGGACCUAGAAGCUGCACAAAUCAUCCACUAAAGAGUGGAUGAAACCAAAAAUUCCCGUAUAUAAACAAAAUGUUGUUGCCAAAACUGGUAUUGGAGGCAAUUUUAAAGUAAAGAUAGACUGCUAAAAGGCUGUGGGGGCUGAGGACGGGGCUCCUAUGUUCAUAAAGUAUUAUGACUUUUGAGUGUUCUGGACAAGAUGUUAUGCUUCUGAUAAUAUUCAUGGCGUUGAAGAAAGGGAAAGCUGUUGGUAAGGUUGAAGGUGGCAUCCUAUGCACCUUGUUCAGUUCUGAGUAAUAACCUCCUGUGUCUCUUCCUCCAGACUUUUGCUAGGUUGGAAUCAGAUUGCAGAGAGGACUAAGCUGCCAUUUUCCAGGAAAGCUGCAGCCUAGUGACUGUGUAAAAGCCCCUGGGGAGCAAUAAAGUGUUGGUUCAGAGCUGACAGUUCUGGGAAUAAAAUGCCAUUUCAUUUCCAUUUUAAAAACCGAUCUGGAGACACUAAGGAGAAAAAUGGCAAAUGUAAAGGCCUUAACCAAACAGGAAGAGUAAACCCAAUGUGUAUCCCCUUGCUUUGUAACUGGUUUCAUUUAAAAAAAAAAUCUAUUUGGCUGUGUGUGUAUUUGUAUUUUAAUACCUCAUGAGUAGUUAAACGCUGGUGGGGGUUAGGGAAUUGCUUUCAACAUACUGGCAGGAUUGUUUUAGUCUCGUCUUGCUUGUGUUUUAAACAUAAUGGCAAUAACUUAUCAGCUCUAUGUAACUGUUUCAGACAGACAUAAGAGAAGAGAGACUCACCCUUGCAUUGUUCUUGACUAGUAACAGUGUAAGUUGCAGCUCGUCUCUUUUUGUUCUUUUGGCAGCAAAGAACCAGUCUUGCGCACACUUAUUACUGGUCUUGGUAGACGGUCUCUCAUCACAGAACUCCAGUCAUGAUCUAGUGAUGUUAUCAUUUUUAAACCAAUGAAUCCAGCUGUUGUAUCUAACAUCUGUUCUAGUCUUGCUGUCUAAUGGAGUGAGCUUCUCCACCUGCGUAUCAGCCAUCCUGUUUUUGUUUAAAGAACAAACAAAACAAUAGUACUUGCUGAUCUCCAGUCUGUACCACCAAAUUGAAGCUCUGUAUCAAAGAGAUUACUGUGUGGGCAGCAAACAGUUGGAAAACCUUGGACUGUAGAUCCAAGGAAAAAUGCUGUCUGCCCUAAAGACUUGCAUAUUUCUGUCUGCAUACUUUUUUUUGGAAGUAUUGUGUAUAUUUCUAGGUGUUGUUGAACAUAUCUGAAGAACAAAGCACUCCAGUAAAACUCCUCCUGUUGUAUGAUAUACAUUCUAUAUUUCUGUAAUUCUUUUUGAGCCUCAGGGAGAAGCUAGCGUUUUUUUCAAACUACUUUUUUGUCACUGUGACAGUUGUAAAUAAAGUUUGAAAAUGCUUUCCAA